AACCCACUUUCGAAAUCCGACGAACAAGACACACAAACAGUGCUCCCAAUUCAAGUGAAGUAAAGAGGAAUUCAAGAAUUUAUCAACUUAAAGGCACAGAAAAAUAGAGAAAAUAAUUAAUUAUAAUUGUUAUCCAAAUUACCUGUGAACUCAAUAUGGCUCAGAUGACCGAGAAGAGGACGACGUCGGCCCGAUCGGGAACUGCCGCCAAGGAGAACCACAGUUUGACGGGACGGAACAACAACCAGGCCCACCAGCGCAGCGGCAAGGGCAUCGAGAUCCUCGACUUCCACGAGUCCUGGCUGGAGGAGGUGGAGAUUUACAAGGACAAGAUGGUCAUGUGCAAGAAGCUGGCCCACCACAACCACGUGCCCGCCUCGGCGCACCACCUGCAGCCGCACCUGGCCGCCCCGAAUCGAAAUCAGGGCAGGAUCAUCCAGUCCGGCGCUCCGCAGCAUCGCAGCUCGGCUGGUGGAGGAUCGACUUCCGGUGCCGGCGCAUCGGCCGCUUCCGUUUCCGCCUCCGCACGCUCCUCGCCGCCCAAACAGAGGUCACCGCCAUCGCCGCGAAAACGCCUGACGCCGGAAAAGGUGGCCGCCCUAGGCGGAGGGGGAGGAGCCUCCAAGGUCGCCGGGCAACGCAUUGUCAUCCGGGGAUCCCCGCCCAACAACUCCCCGCCCAAGGUCGCCUCGAUGGCCUCAGGUGCCUCGCCCAUCGUGGCCAACAGCGUGCUCCAAUCGGAGCCCUACAAGAAAGUCCAGAUGCUUUUGAAGCGCGCAAGGGAGGAGGCGUUCGUGAAGAACUCGGGAGCCGCCCACGGCAACGGACCCAAGCGCUCCAGCCUCAGUCCGCCCAGCCAGGCCAAGGUGGCCCCGACGAGCCUGUCCUGCCCGAGCACCCAGACGCUCAAGCCAUCGCCGCCCAGCAAGAUUGUGGUGAACUCGUUCCACGGCAGCAGCAUGCUGAGUACCCAGCAGCAGGAGGAGAAGAGCAGGCUGCUCACCCAGAACGGGCUGACCAAGUCGGCGGUCAGCGCCCUGGAGACGAGUCUCUACGCCUCCCUGUACGCCCAUGCGCCCCAGAACAGCCAGCAGCCGUUCCACAGCCAGCGGAUUUCGGCCGGAGAUCACAGCUCACCCUACGUGGGAGUCUCCCUGAACAAGGGAGCCGGGCACGACCACGACCGGAGGCAUGAGGACGAUCCCUGUGCAGCCAUCGACGACAUCAACAACUACGACGACUCGGACUCGGAGGAGGAGUACGUGGGCACGCCGUUCUUCCUGGAGGAGGACAACACGGAGACGCGCCAGAGCAAGCACACUCGCCUGCUGCCGGAGAAGACGCCGUCGAAGGAGUCGGUGGCCACCACGGACUCGGAGGCGUCGGUCUACUUCCGUCCGGAGGCCAUCCUCUCGCCCAGCCUCUUCCCGCACGUCCCGCCGUACCUGAACUUCACCUCGCACGCGGACAAGGGUCCUCCGAUGCCGGCAGCCCUGCAUCGAGUGCUCAAAUGGAAGCUCAGUCCCGUGAUGCCCAAGAUUGUCAAGCGAGUGGUGCUUAACUCGGGCUUUCGCAUCAUCAAGAACACCACCGACUGGAUGGCCGUGUGGGAGAAGCACAUGAAGAGCCCCGGCUUCAGGACCAUCCGAUCGCACCAGAAGUACAACCACAUACCCGGCUCGUUCCGCAUUGGACGCAAAGACACCAUGUGGCGCAGCAUCUAUAACAAUAUGAAGAAAUUCGGCAAGAAGGAGUUCGGCUUUAUGCAAAAAUCCUACAUAAUGCCUGAUGACCUGGAGAGUCUGCGCCAGGUGUGGCCCAAGAACGCCUCGAAGCUGACGAAGUGGAUUGUUAAGCCGCCGGCGAGUGCCCGGGGAACGGGCAUACGGAUCGUGAACAAGUGGAGUCAGUUCCCCAAGGACCGUCCCCUGGUGGUUCAGAAAUACAUUGAACGACCGCUGCUGAUCAACGACAACAAGUUCGAUAUGCGGCUGUACGUCGUGCUGACCUCUAUCAACCCGCUCCGCAUCUAUAUGUACAAGGAUGGCCUGGCGCGCUUCGCGUCCGUGAAGUACAGCUCGGAGCUGAGCAAUCUCGACGAGCGCUGCAUGCACCUGACCAACUACAGCAUCAACAAGUUCUCGCAGAACUACGCGAAGAACGAGGACUUCAAUGCCUGCCAGGGUCACAAGUGGACCCUCCAGUCGCUGUGGUCCUGCCUGGAGAACCGCGGCGUGAACACCAAGCGCCUGUGGGCCACCCUGCGGAACCUGGUGAUCAAGGGCAUCGUGAGCGGGGAGUCGGGAUUGAAUCGCAUGUACCGGCAGAAUGUGAACUUCCGCUACAACUGCUUCGAGCUGUUCGGCUUCGAUGUGCUCCUGGAUGAGAACCUGGUGCCCUGGCUGCUGGAGAUCAACAUAUCGCCCUCGCUGCACUCGGAGCUGCCCCUGGAUCUGCACGUGAAGGGCCCGCUCAUACAGGCCGUGCUGAAUACGGCCCUCUAUCAGGUGCCGCCGAAGCUGAACGAACGCCAGCAGACGGAGAUCCUGGAGGAGCUGAAUCUGGCUGGUCCGCUGUGCCACGACAAGCGCAUCUUCACCACCUGCCUGACGGCGGAGGAGGUGCGCAAGCACAACCAGUACACCAACCGGAGCAUCGAGUUCCGCGAGGAGUACGUGGACACCAUACUGGACAACCUGCUGCCGGACGAUGUGCGCUGCCUGAUCGUCGCCGAGGAUGAGCUGGCCCGGUGCCAGCCGCUGGAGCGGAUCUUCCCCACCUCCGGCACCCAUGUCUAUCUGCGGUACGUCGAGAAUGCCCGCUACUACAAUCGCCUGCUGGACGCCUGGGAGACGAAGUACGCCAAGAACCGGGAGAUGGGCAUUGCCCUGCUGUCGCGCUACUGCCGGGACAAGUACCAUCUGCAGGUCUCGGACGCCGCCAUGGAGAAGGAACCAAAUGUGGCACUUACCGAGAUCGAUAUGUUGCACGUGCGCAAAGAUGAGGUUCUGGACGGCGCCGCCACGAUGGCCAUGCUCAAGCCCGCCGCCGUGGACAACGGCGAGGUGGUGGUGCCGAGUCCGGACGCCUGCAUCGAGAUCAAGUCCUGAAACCACAACUGACGAUCUACGAUCCACAUCGAAAUCAGCAUCACUACUUCCGCUCCCGCUGCCACCUCCACCUCCACAUCCGUUUCCGUUUCCGUUCCCGGCUCAUUGCAACGCCCGCAUCCCGUUCGAACUCACUUUGGAAUUGUCUGCACCCAAUAAAGUUACUUAACUCCGAUCGUCCUUAUCCCUCUAACCCAGCAGAUUGCAUCCUGGUUAGUCAAGGGGCGCUCGUUCUGAGGUCCUAGAUAAAUGAUCGGAUCGUAUCUUGUGUUAUGCCAUUAUCGUUUAAGUUCUUCACCAUGGAAUAUAGAAAAAUUGAAAGUGAAUAAACAAAAGGCGCCAUUUAAUGGUGUGAUAGUUGUAAAAAA